GCAACAUGUAAAUAUUUCGCACCUACUUAAAUACUGAGGUCCCUUAACGGUGCUACUUAAAUACAGGUGUUACAUACAAAACAUUUUAAAUGUGCGCUGUGUAGACCUCAACCCUAAAACUAGCCCUAACCUUAAUCCUCCCCUUCAUAUCGUUACGUAGACGCAUCGGGGCCUCUGUAUUUAAGUAGUGCCAAUAUUUGAAGCAUUUUAUUUAGUUCUUUUCAGACUUCUGUUUGUUUUGAUGUUUCUACAGUUUAUUUUAUUAAUCUGUGCCCUUUGCUGUCUUCAUUUAUGCUCCUUUGUUUUGGGGUUAGGUGUGCAGCUCACUGUCUGGUUUUAGGCUCUGUGCAGUUUGUUAUUUUGUUUAGGGGUUUAUGCCCCUCCUUUUUUUUUAUUAAAAUACAAAUUCUGUUUUAUGGUUGUUUUCAUGGUGUUGUGAACUUUAAAACGUUCGUAAUUCUUGUCUAAAUAAACUGCAUUCUAUUUGAUCGAUUACAUAUCAAAUUCUUUUGUCACCUAGCAAUUCCGGAUAAAACCCAAGUCUUCCCAGAAUAUUCGAGUCCAUAACCAAAUCUGAACGAAGCCCUGCUUCCUCCGACACUAAUGUAGUUCUUUCUCGACUCCACCCAUCAAAGCUCGAAUCACCUUCCAUAAUUUCCUCCUACAAGUUCUGCUAUUUAUCAAAACUGCCGACACCAACCAUCGACUGCGGGUGUUACAAAUACCCUGAAUGUUUUAUAUAAAACACCUCGCUACUCAACUACCAUUGCUUAUAUUGUAAAGAGUUUGUAUUUCCUUGCUUGAAAAUCCAACACCACUUCUCCAAAAAUGGGUUUUUGUGAGAAACUCUUCACCAUACCAUUGCGUAUUUUGUGCAUCAUUUUGCUGAUCAUUCAGAUGGGAUUUCUAGAUGUUUAUUUGUCUACAUACAUCAACAAACUAUGGUUGUUGUGGAUUAUCGCUGACGUUGUUACGGUGGUGCUAUUUAUUACAGUGUUGGUUUUUUCAUACAUUUACAGUCACAGAGAAAACUUUGAACCACAAAACUUCCAAGUAAUUUCAAAAGCAGGAAAGCUCCCUCUUAUUUAUAUUGCUUGGGGAGUUUAUUCCAUUGUACUUUUUCUAAAAGUUUUGUUUUGCUUUGAGAACUUUGCUGCCAGAUUAAGCAUAAAGGAUUAUUGGGGUCCAAAUACCCUAAAAUUAACACUUGCACUUUCUGCUCCACUCUUUCUAAUUUAUUUGCUGUGUCAGGUCAGCACCACUCCAGACAAUGAGAAUAGGAGAUAUAUUGACAGAAUAACAUCAGGUGUUACCUUUGACAUUUUUGACACAGUUGACAUUUUGGACAUCCUUUUUGUUCAACAGUCCAAAGUACUUCUGACAUUUGCAAUGACUAAAACGAUCUUAGGUUUUUCUUUGAUUAAUAUAUUUAUGCCUUUGAUUCCUCUGUUUCUUGUUAGUCACUCGCAUUAUGGUAAAAUCAAAUUAAGAGACUCUUUUAUGAACAUGUACCGCAUUUUAAUGAUAGUGAUAAUCAAUGUUCCAUAUUUGGUUAUUCGUUUACGCUUAAUCCAUUUCUAUGGGCACAAUAUGUCUAUAUUCCUGAUCAAGAAUUUCCUUUCAAUCUUUGUUACAUUUUAUGAUAUUUAUGAGAAAAAACAACUGGAAAGGUUGGAAAAAGCAUCUGCCAAAGCUGCUUCCAAAACUGAUGCUGAGGGUACUGCUCUUGAAGAACGGGCUUAAGUGAAUGCCUGCAUGCAUAUAAGGCCAAAGUCUGUUACAGGAUUUGCGUUUGUCUCAGAAAUAAGCAUUUUUUGUACAGAAACACUUGCUCCUCUAAAAUAUAGGGAAAAUCAAAGACAAAUAAAACAAAAAAUAUCAUGGAAAAGUUACUGCAAAAUACAACAAAAACAAAGAAACUAUGACUGGUUUCUCUGUGAGAGCAAUUUUGUUGAUGUUGACACAAAAUGAUGGAUUCUUUCUUAGGAACCUGAUUUCAUAAAUUGAGUCAUUGUAAUUUUUCCUAGAUAUUUCAUGGUUAGGAACUGUGACUUUGGAGACAUUUAAGAGUAACCCUUUACAAGAAGCUUUAAUUCUGUGCUUGCAUGCUUGAAACAAGUGUAUUUUUGUUGAUUAUAUUCUUAUAUUUAUUCUGAUAUUCUUUAAAGCUCAUUACCCCUUUUGAUACCAACCAGUCUGUGACUGUCCUUCCGUCUCUGAUUCCGACUUUCUGUUUAAAGUGAUGUAAAUUAAAACUUUCCUUCAAAAUUCCAUCUUAAUUUAUUUUCCAAAUUAGUUAUGACAAACUCAUUUUAAUCAAUUCUUCAUUGCUGUUGUGGAAUACAUAAAAGACACUGCUGUAAUAGAUUAAACCCCUAUUUCAGCAACACAUAUUUAGGGGGAAAAUAUUUCUGUGCAUUAAAGCUUCUGGGUGGCCCAACUUCACAUAUAGGACCCUGGGUGAUUUUUUUUUAAACAUUUUGGUGGUGGAGAAAACAUCUUAUAUACCAUCAAAUAUGAUAUUUU